UUGGCCAACCCCUUAGGGUCCAUGGUUUCAGUACUUUUGGCUACUGAAAUCGUAGAAUAUGCUUACACUGCAUUAAGCCCUAAAGAAGAGACGUAACUGCACUUCUACUGAAAGCCUGAUUGAUCAUCCAUCACAAGUAUGAGGAGAUUCAAGAAAUGAUCUACUUAUUUUAUUUAACUUUUUCGGAGGCUAAGGUCUGCCAUAUAAUCAGCAAUCAUUUUUCUUGAAUCAUAUUGUAUGGAAACUUUCUUUAGCCACGAUGCUGUUUUUGAAGUAGUCUUUGAUUGGUUAUGGACAUGCCCCUGCUAUGGUAAGAGUAGAGGGUUAGUGAUCUCAUGCUGUUUUGUUUAGAUGUUGUGGCAUGAUUUAGGGAGCACGUGACACCAUGUAUUGUUGCAUAUAAUAUUCCCCUUCUAGUAAAAAUGGGAUUAGAGUAUUCACUAUUCCAAUGUUGAAUAUGGCUGAGUCGGCAUUUUUUGGCCAAAUUUGAAGGCCAUAUUUGCCGAUUCAAAAUGAACAGUUUCCCACAGCGACAUUUGUGCGGCGCAGCCAUCCUCUAUUGAAGUAUUUUUCCUAAUGUGUACAUCAAGAUUGAAAAUGCCACGGAUCAAAUGGAAAGAUAUUAGGUGUUUAGCUAAUGAGUACGGCUAUCGCAAACCUCAAUACCUUAAAUACGAGAUUAAGUACUUAAAGGAAAAGGUAUCGGUCAAUAAAAUGGAAACAUCCGUUAAAAUGGCAGAGAGAAAUGGAGAAGAUAUUGGCCAACUCCAAAGGCAGCUUACGUAAGAAAGUAGAAGUCAGGGAUAUGGGGGCUCAUAAAAGGGAUUAUUAUAAAAGUGUUAGGCAGCAGCUGAAGACGAGAUUGUUUGGGUUGAUGGUGGAGUUCAACUACAAUACUACCAUAGUUUUGACUUGUUCAGAUGAUGUGAAAGCGCUUGCCAAAGUGAGGGAUUGGCUCGUUGCUGGUAAAAUCAUCCGGUACAAGCUAGGCAGUUCGAGAGGCUGGGAUUUGCGAGGUUUGCAAGAAAUGGCCAACAGUCUCAACAUUGAGCUUCUGCCGGUGGAUGAGAACGACCCUGUGAGACACCGCGCCGUGAUGCAAAUGACUACAAAGGGAAGGCCCUGAAGGAUGACACAAACUUGGCCGUCUUUUGUUUCUCAAUAGGUAAUACAGUUCGAUGCAUAAUCCAAAAUGAACAUACCGGAGAUGUUUCCAAUUCUUA